AUGGCCGAAGAGUCCGCGCAGUUAACCGACAUAAAUCUACUCUGCGAUGUUUGGCUGCAAAAGCAGCAACAGUUCGAGUCGGACAUUAAGACGCUGCUAGGGCAGGCAAAUGAAAUGCUGCAGCGGCUGGACCAAGAGUUGCCAGAGCAGGAGCAACAGCAGUCGCGGCUUAAGCUGGAUCAGCUUAUAAUGCACUUGACAGACGAGCUGCAGCGACGUCAGCUGGAGGCCAAGGCGGAUAAGCGACUGCAGGAGUGGCAUCAAUCGCUUGAUAAUAUGCGUCAGAAGAUUAACGCCAUCUGGCAGCGUCUGGGCACACUGGGUCUGAGCAAUCCCUGCGAGGAUGCCUCCUUCCAGGUGCAGAACUACACCCAGAAGAGCUUUGAGCUGUUGUGCCAGCAGCUGCAUCAGUGUGAGUCGCUGCGUCGCCAGCACCUGGUCACGCUCAUCGAGCAGGUGCGCCGGGAUAUCCAGAAGUGGUGCGAUCUGACGCUGCAAUAUCCUUCAGCCUGGAGCUGUCAGAGCGAGUGCUGCACCGAGGAGCUGUUGGAGCUGCUUGAUCAGAAGCUCCUCGAUCUCAAGGCCUACUACAACAGCAACAAACUCAUCUUUGAGCUCUAUGCCAAGCGCACACAGCUCUGGCUGUUGCGUGAGGCACAAGAGGACAAAUCCAAAGAGCCCAAUCGCUUCCAGAAUCGUGGCGGUCAGCUGUUGCGUGAGGAACGUGAACGCAAAAGCAUUAGCAUGAAACUGCCACAAAUUGAGAAGCAGCUCACGCAACUCGUGCACGAAUACGAGCAGCGCACCCAAAAGCCUUUCAUGGUCUAUGGCGAUCCAUUACUAGAGCGCCUUGCCUCUGACUGGCAGGAGUAUCGCUUGGCCAAGGCAGCGCCGCUGCGACUUAAGGAUAAAGUAUCGCUGCGCAAGACAUUUUCGGUGCCACAAUUUAAUUAA